UGUGUUAGCCAAUCGCCGGCCAACUGACGCCUGGGAGAGACCAAUCAGCGUGCUCCGAGCUCCGCCAGGCUCCGCCCCUACGCUAAAACCGCGAAAAGCGGCGGGAGGCGGGAAACGGCGUUUUGUGGGCGGGGUUUCACCGGCGCGUAGCCAAUAGGGAGGGCGGGCGCGUAAGGCGGUCAGGUCCUGGUACCAGCGCCGGUUCGGUCCCGAUCCCGGUCCCGGUCCCGGUCCCGGUCCCGGUCCCGGUCCCGGUCCCGAUCCCGAUCCCGAUCCCGGUCCCGAUCCCGAUCCCGAUCGCCGUCCCCGCUGCCGCCUCCAUGGAGCCGGCCGAGGUGGAGUUCCUGGCCGAGAAGGAGCUGGUGACGAUCGUGCCCAACUUCAGCCUUGACCGGAUCCAUCUCAUUGGGGGAGAUCUGGGCCCUUUCAAUCCCGGCUUGCCAGUGGAAGUGCCUGUCUGGCUCGCCAUCAACCUGAAACAGAGGCAGAAGUGCCGGGUGAUUGCUCCGGAAUGGAUGGAUGUUGGGAAACUGGAGGAAAUCCGGGACCAGGAGCGCAAAGAGGACACCUUCACUCGGAUGCCCAGCCCCUACUACAUGGAGCUCACAAAGCUGCUGUUGAACUAUGCCUCAGACAACAUCCCCAAGGCCGACGAGAUCCGCACGCUGGUGAAGGAUACCUGGGACACCCGGAUAGCCAAGCUGCGGCUGUCUGCAGACAGCUUCGUCAGGCAGCAGGAGGUUCAUGCCAAGCUGGACAAUUUAACCUUGAUGGAGAUCAACACAACCAGUACUUUCCUCACACAAGCCUUAGAUCACAUGUACAAGCUCCGGACUAACCUUCAGCCUGGCGAGGCUGCCCAUUCCCAGGAUUUCUGAGGCAGCCUUCCAGCCAGCUGGGAAUGGCUCCAGAGCUGCCGAUGGAACGGGAGCAUCCCUGCACGGGAGCUCCUCACUUCAGAGGUGGGCCUCUUGGGGUGAAGAGAUCUGCUUUAAUGCAGGUGGUGGCUUGCCAACGCUACCCUGCUGCUUGCCUAAUGGGGCCGGGCGGAUCUCUGCGCCCUCAAGAGUGGAUGUACUUCAUAGAGGGAACUUCUGAGGGCAGCACAGGCCACACACUGGCUUGAAAGCAGUAAAUUUCCAGGCGUUGCUUUGCCAUGGAUCUUUCUCAGAGCCUUGGAAAGGGAAACUGAUGUGCGGGCAAUGAGAGGUGUCUGCUGGGGAGAUCAGCUGGGAAGCAGAUCCAGCUGCUCUUUGGAGGAGGACAAAAGAAAAGGGUUUUCCCCUCUCCGUACCAGGCUGUCUUGUAACGUCACAUCUGACUUGUUGUUUUAACCUGAAACACUGUGUGUGUGUGUG